AUGAAUUUGGUAAAGCAGAUAGCUAAGGGUAUUUCUGCAAAUGAAGACAUUAAUUCUAAACCUAGAGAUGCAAGUAAAAUACACAUCUGCAGUCUCCAGCAAGAGGGUAAGGAGAGAGAGACUUGCACUGGGAGCUUUGGGAAUUAUUUUUCAAAUAUCUACGCAUCAGAUGUGUUACCUGCUAAAAAUGCUGAAGGCUUCACAGAACAGUUCUUGCUUGAGGUGGCAGAGAUUCUCCUGAGUUACAUUAAGAGAACCUGUGACAGAGAAAAAGUCCUGGACUUUCAUUACCCCCAUCAGCUUCUGGAAGGCUUGGAAGGGUUCAGCCUGGAACUGUCUGACCAGCCAGAGCCCUUGGAACAAAUGCUUGCUGAUUAUGGGGACACCUUAAAAUACAGAGUUAAAACAGUUUUGGGACAUCCUCGCUACUUCAUUCAUCUUUCUAGUGCCCUUGACAUUAUUGGUCUAGCUGGGGAAUGGCUCACAGCUACAGCGAAUACUAACAUGUAUGUACUGUAAAUACCAGUCUUUUGUAGCAAGUGAAAUUAUAGCAAUUACUCCUGUAUCUUGACCUUUUAGUGCAGAUAAACCCAAGGUGUGGUCAUACAUUUGUUUCUCAACAGUGGUGGACAGCAUCUGUUUAAAGCAUUCCUUUCCUGACUGUAUUCCCACUUCUCCCCUGCUCAGCAAGGGGCAUGACAAAACAGUACAGGACAGACCUUGGCUCUGCCAGUGCAGGGCAGCCAGCCUUCGCUGAGAGUCUUAGUUGAGAGCAGCGGCUUCUGCAAGCGCUCCCCGUUCACUUCGCGCAGGACGUCUCCUCAGGGCAUUAGUGACUGUUGGCAGAACAUCUGUAGACAAUUAUAUUAAAAUACCCAUCUCUUACAUUUUGCUUAAUAGCAACUAAUCUUACAUGUUUGACUUGGGUGUGCUAACCAGAAG